CAAAGAACCAGGAAAUAUUUCAGUCCUUUAGAGUUCUGAGAUAACGAAACUUAUCGAGCGAAGUUGCUGAACUCUUAUGUGUUUCUUCUGUUUCUGUGCACAUGUGGUGAAAUGGCAGAAGCCAGCAUUUUAUGGACUCAGGACCAGUUCAUUUGUCCAGUGUGUCUUGAUCUUCUAAAGAAUCCAGUGACCAUUCCCUGCGGACACAAUUACUGUAUGACAUGUAUUUCGGACUGCUGGAAUCAUCAGGAUCAGAAGACUUUCUACAUCUGCCCUCAAUGCAGACAGAAGUUCACUCCAAGACCUGCUUUAAAUAAAAACACCAUGCUGGCUGAAGUGGUGGAGAAACUCAAGAAGACUAAACUACAAGCCGCAGUUCCCACUGACACUGGACCUGGAGAAGUAAAGUGUGACGUCUGUACUGAAACAAAACUCAAAGCCAUCAAGUCCUGUUUGGUGUGUCUGAACUCUUACUGUCAAAGCCACCUUGAACAGCAUGAGAAUUUUUUUAAAGAUAAGGGACACUAUUUGAUGGAUGCCACUGGACAACUUCAGGAGAUGAUCUGCCCUCAACAUGGUCGACUGCUAGAGGUUUUCUGCCGCACUGACCAGCGCUGUAUUUGUAUGCUGUGUACGAUGUAUAAGCAUAAAAACCACGACACUGUCUCAGCUGCAACAGAGAGAACAGAGAAAGAGAGACACUUGAAAAAUACACAGGUAAAGUACCAGCAGAGAAUCCACGAGCGAGAGAAGGACAUCCAGGAGCUGAGAGAUGCUGUUGAGUCACAUAAGGUGAGUACUGAGAGGAGAAAAAGAUUGAGCUACAGUUAG